UGUGCGCCUGCGCCAUGACCGAGACUGCGCAUGCGCUGGUUGGGACGGACGGGAUCGAGAACCAUGGCUUGGGUACCAGCAGAGUCUGCAAUGGAAGAGUUAAUGCCCCGGCUAUUGCCAGUGGAGCCCUGCGACUUGACAGAAGGUUUCGAUCCCUCCGUGCCGCCGAGGACUCCCCAGGAGUACCUGAGGCGGGUCCAGAUCGAAGCAGCUCAGUGUCCAGAUGUUGUGGUAGCUCAAAUUGACCCAAAGAAGUUGAAAAGGAAGCAAAGUGUGAAUGUUUCUCUUUCAGGAUGCCAACCUGCUCCUAAAGGAUACUCCCCAACACUUCAGUGGCAGCAGCAGCAAGUGGCACAGUUUUCAGCUGUUCGACAGAGUGUAAACAGACAUAGGAGUCACUGGAAAUCCCAACAGUUGGAUAGUAAUGUGACCAUGCCAAAAUCCGAAGAUGAAGAAGGUUGGAAAAAAUUUUGUCUGGGUGAGAGAUUAUGUGCUGAAGGAGCUGUUGGACCAGCUACAAGUGAAAGUUCAGGGAUCGAUUAUGUAAAAAUUGGUUUCCCUCCCUUGCUAAGUAUUGUUAGCAGAAUGAAUCAGGCAACAGUAACUAGUGUCUUGGAAUAUCUGAGUAAUUGGUUUGGAGAAAGAGAUUUUACUCCAGAAUUGGGAAGAUGGUUUUAUGCUCUACUGGCUUGUCUUGAAAAACCUUUGUUACCUGAGGCACAUUCACUGAUCCGACAGCUUGCAAGAAGGUGCUCUGAAGUGAGGCUGUUAGUGGACAGCAAAGAUGAUGAGAGGGUUCCUGCUUUGAAUUUAUUAAUCUGCUUGGUUAGCAGGUAUUUUGACCAACGUGAUUUAGCUGAUGAGCCAUCUUGAUGCAGCCGGUCUCAGGGACAGAAGAUACUGGUGAUGAAGGCAGCCUGAGUCUGAGGAAGUGCACAAGUGCAGAGUGUGUCCCUCUUCAACACUGUGAAGGGUCUUCAUCCUAACCUGUGCCCAAGCUGAUACUCAGAAGAUAGAUUGUGUUGAUUUGAGUAUCUGAAGUAUCUUUGAAAAAUCCCACCAGUAUUUGUUGAACAGUUUAAACAGUUUUCUCCACAUGCUUUUCAAACAAAUUGAGUGCCAUUUAUUGGUAAAGCAUCCUACACAGAAACUGUGUGAUGAAGUGUUACAGAGGGGCUUGGUGCUGUUUCAUUGUUUAUUUACAUAUAUAUACAAUUUUAUUAACAAUAUAUUUUGGUUACUAAAAUUUUCUUUAACUCUUGAACAAAACAAAAGACAAAUGGAUAAAUGCCCUUAGUAUUAGAAUUAAGAUAAUGUAGAUUAAAUGGCAGUGCCUUUGUAGUCAGCAACAAAAUCAAAUGUCUUUCCUUUGAGCUCACUACUUUUAUGCACAAAGAAAACUUUUUCCUUACAAAUCAUUUUUAGUAACACCCUAAUAGGUAACAGUUUUAAUUUUUUUGCUGAACCUUUUGUUCAUAUCACUUAGGAUUAAUCUACUUCUGUGUCGGGUAGUUAUAUUUUCUACUUUAACAGAAGAUCCGAAUAGUGGUGGUUUUUCAAAUAGGGGUUCAUUUUUCUUACAGAACAAAAAGUCUAAUGAUGCUGGAUACUGGCAUUGGUUCUAUGACUUCACAAUACCGUCUUUUUAAGAGUCUCUUGGCCUUUCCCUCAUGGUAACAAGAUGGCCACUAAAGCAUAAGGCAAUGUAUCUGUAUUAAAUUCAGGAAAAAGGGAGAUGAAGACAGAGCCUUCCAUAUGUGAUUCUUUCUAACGAAAGCAAAACCUUCCUCAUAAAUCUAUAGCAGAUUUGAGUUCUGUGGGACACAAGUGUAUAUAACACGAUCACUUCUAACUACAAGGAAGAUGGGGAAGUGAAAUUGGCCCUUCCAGUCCUUCUAAUGAGAGGUAGAAAAGGAAAAGGGAAUUAGAAAUAACUGGAUCAAGCAACCAAUAGUUUUGCCACCAGUUACAAAGAGAGUAGAUGGUAAUUACAUAUUUUGAAUCUUUUCUGCUGAUUUUUAAAUUAUAGCCUAAUAGUCCAAGUUGUAUUUUGCUAUAGUUUAAACAUGCUAUCAUUAUUAGUUAUCUAAUCUGUUUUCAGUGUUAAUCCAGUAUAGGAAAUGCUACUAUGAAUAUUUUCAAGGACAUAACUUUUUCCUUUGACCAGAAGUUCCCAAGAGUAGGAUUGCAAGUCAUGAAAGUCUAUCAGUUAAUAUUGCAUUUGAAACUUAACUGAAGUUUUAAAAAUCAGGUACUUAUUUUUGUUUCUAAUAUAAUAAUUAUGCUGUAAGAAGUUCAGGGCUGAUAAAAGCAACUCUACUAUAUCUUAAAUGUCCUGGGCUACAUUCAGAUUUUUCUUUCACAAUUUUAGUGUGUAAUUUUCAUUUUUCAGUCAUGAUAUGGUUGCUUUAUCUCUUGCCUCAUAUCCACAUUUCAGAAAGGAUAAAAAGGCCCCACUCCUUAUUGCUGUAUCAGAGGGGCAAAACCUUACAAGAAACCCUCAACAACUUAUAUAUCAUUUGCUAGAGUUAUGACAUUUUCUAAUUAAAAAGAAAAGCUAUAAAUUAUAAAUAUUUAGCUGAGCAUAUUGCCACUUCUCCCAAAUAUAGAGUUCUGUUGGAAAAGAGGGAAGAGUGGAUAUUGGGUAGGCAGGCAGCAGUGUCUACUGUGGAGUUUAGAUGUCCAAAUUGUAUCCCAACUAGCUGUUAAAACCUCACAUUUUUUGCUUAUUUGUUUCUUGGGGAGUUGAGCUUCAGGGGCUGAUUUAAUGAAGGUAAAGUGUUCAUUAUUUUAAUUUACAUUUCUUUCUACAACUAGUGGGUGAGUGUGUAGUUAGGUACACUGCUCAGACAGAAGAAUAAAAUUUCUGAGGACUAAAAAAUAUAAAAAGAAGGCAGUUUGACAUGUGCAGAAGAGAAGUGGUGUAAGAAAUUAUUUUAAUGCAAUUACACUUCUGUUAAGUCUAACAGAAUAAGCCAAUUAGAGGCUCAACUAAAUUAAAAGUUCUACUACUAAGGACAAAGCUACAAAAAUGUUUUAGAUAAUACUGAGAAAGAUCACGUGGACCUGUGUCCAUACCAAGUUUAUAUUUUGCUAUACAUGUUACCAAAUUCUCACCAAAGUUCUUUAAAAAAAGUUUCCCAAAUAAUAUGCCCUAGAAUAAUUGAUUUGUGUGAGCUAUUAAUGUUUCUGGAAAAAAUGGUACUGUGAUUAAAUGCUAAUUAAAAUUAAGCUGAAUAUUAUUUGAAUUUUUCAGAACCUGUAACAUUCCAUUAAUGUGCAUUAAUCAUCCACAAAAGGGGAUGGAUUUUCAAAAUGUAUUUGAACACAGUACUCAUUUUUCAAAGACAAUUUGAAAAACUUGUAGGUUCCAUCCAAUUACUUAUCAACUCUGACUUCAAAAUGUGUGCCUAUCACAGUUUUUGCAAUCAGUUUGAUGCUUACCCAGGUCUGGGUUGAACUCCCAUCCUUCAGCUAUGUUUUUGUGGAACUUGGAAACAAUUCACCAGGUAACCUUGGCUCUGGGAUUUUGCUUUCCUUUAGUCACUUCAUGUUGGGUUCUGCUAUGAACUGAGUAUUUAUGUCCCCCCACAAAAUGCUUAUGUUCAAACCCUAACCCUCAAGGUGGUAGUAUGAGGAGGUGGGCUUUCAAGAAUUGAUUAUUAGUGCCCUUAUAAAAGAGACACCAGAGAAUUAGCUAGUCCCUUUCCGCCAAGUGAGGACACAGUCAAAAGAUACUUGUGAACCAGGAAGCAGAACCUCGUUGGAUGUCUUGAUCUUAAAUUUCAGCCUCCAGAACUGCUGAGAAAUAAAUUCUUGGUUCUUAGAAGCCACCCAGUGUAUAGUACUCUGUUACAGCAGCCCAAACAGACUAAGGUUCUGACAACAUCUCGAGUUCUAAAUCCCUUUAAUGAGGUUUGACUGCUAGGCAGGAGGGAUUAAGCUGUUGUUAUGGUUAACAUAAGCCAUUGACUAGACAGCUUAUGUAUGUUAUCCUCAUUUGUCAUUCAUAUACAGUACAGUUUUCUACUUUUGAAACAUACGUUUGCUCUUUAAAUAAGUCUACUAUUUAUUUGGUGCCCCUGAUGACUAUAAUUAAGAUGAAAUCCUACGAAAGGAUACUGAAAGCUAAGCUUUCUAAUUUCGAGGCUUUUGAAUCAUAAUGUUCUGUGUGAUACUUUUAUUAUUUCCAUGUAUACACAAACAGGCACUGCUAUAUACAUAGUCUCAAUGUUUACAUCAAUCCUAUGAUUAUCCUUUUUAACAGAUUUAGCCCAUGAACUUCAAAGGGGGAAAAAUAACAUCUAUUUUUACUAUCCUCCUGAUACUUAAUUUCUUUCAAUUAUGAAUAUAGGCAAUAAAGUGUAUUAGUGUUCAUCAAUACCUGUGACAGCAUCACAAGUUACAAAUGUUUUCAUACCAAAUUGUAGUUGCAGAUACUUCAAAAUACACUGAACUUCAGAAUAUAGUAAUUAAACCUACCUCUAGAUCAUG